AUUCAGUCUCAUGCAAAAUCUCAUCCUCCGCCAUUUUUGAAUCUGAACAAACUUUCCCUCUCUCUCCCUAAAAAUGGAAGUUUCCCCCUCUGAUGAUGAUACAUCCCACACUUCUCAACAACAAUGCUCCUCCGACAACCAUCGUCUAUACUUGGUCCCUUUCAGGUGGUGGAAGGAAGCUCAAGGGUAUUGUGAUCCAGAUGGGGGGACGAAGAAGAAGAGAGGGGUUUUGUACGAUGCGUUACCAGCAUCCUCCUCUUAUGUUGGUCCAAUGAAGAUACUCAAUAACAUUUUUAAGUCAGAUCUUGCAUUUAACCUUGUUAGGAAAGGAGAAGAAGACGAACAACAACAAGAUGAUGAUAAUAAUGAUAAUGAUUCUUCGGAGAAUAAUGGAGGGGACGACAGAGAUAUAAAUGGAGUAUCCGGGCGAAACUAUGCGUUGGUUGUUGCGGAUAUGUGGCUUCAGGCACUUAAAUGGCACAGUGACUCCAAAGGGACAGUGAAGGAUGGUAAGAGUUUUUUGGCGGCAGAAGAUGAUAUGACCGAUGUAUAUCCUUUACAACUCAAGCUUUCUAUUUUGCAAGAGACCAACACAUUGGGAGUAAGAAUAAGCAAAAAGGACAAUGCUGUUGAGUGCUACCGAAGAGCAUGUAAAAUUUUUAGCAUAGAGUCUGAACUUUUACACAUCUGGGAUUUUUCUGGACAAACAACUCAAUUUCUUUUAGACGAGAAAAAUAAGAAUGCAAAAGACUCUCUAAGACAGUCAGAGCAAGAGAUUCUCUUGGAGUUGCAAGUUUAUGGCUUGUCAGAUUUGACCAGAAACAAAGAUAUGAAAAAAGAUGAGAUGACAUCGCAUCUGGUUAAAACUUCAUCAAAGAUGAAUGGUAGCACUGGUAACUCUAUUUGUUUGCGGAGUAAUUCUGCAGUCUCAAGUGGAAGCUAUUGCGAGAAGGGUUCCUUGGGUUUAACUGGCUUACAAAACCUGGGAAAUACUUGUUUCAUGAAUAGUUCUCUCCAGUGUCUUGCUCAUACCCCAAAGCUUGUUGAUUACUUUCUUGGAGAUCACCGGAGAGAAAUAAACCAUGAUAAUCCACUGGGCAUGAAUGGUGAGAUUGCAUUGGCUUUUGGAGAUUUAUUAAAGACAUUAUGGGCUCCUGGAGCAACUGCAGUACCACCAAGAACAUUCAAGUCCAAGCUUGCUCAUUUUGCUCCUCAAUUCAGUGGCUUCAAUCAGCAUGAUUCUCAAGAACUCCUUGCUUUUCUAUUAGAUGGACUUCAUGAAGAUCUGAAUCGUGUUAAAUGCAAACCUUAUGCUGAAGCGAAGGAUGGAGAUGGUAGACCAGAUGAAGAUAUAGCUGAUGAAUACUGGCAGAAUCAUCUUGCUCGAAAUGACUCUAUUAUAGUUGAUGUAUGCCAAGGUCAAUAUAGGUCCACAUUAGUAUGUCCAAUUUGCAGAAAGGUGUCAGUCACAUUUGAUCCAUUCAUGUAUCUGUCAUUACCUUUACCGUCAACAUCAAUGAGGACAAUGACUUUGACAACUGUGCCCACUGAUGGAAGUGCUCAGCCAACUCAGGUUACUGUUACUGUUCCCAAGCAUGGAAAGUUUGAAGAUCUUGUUCGUGCUUUGAGGACGAUGUGUUCUUUAGGGAAUGAUGAAACCCUCAUGGUGGCAGAGGUAUACAACAAUCAUAUUAUACGAUUUCUUGGGGAGCCCACUGAUUCAUUAUCCUUAAUCAGGGAUGAUGACCGACUGGUUGCUUAUAAUAUACAAAAAGAUUUUGAGAAGUUUUCUCGGGUUGUUUUCGUUCAUCAGCAGAUAGAAAAGAAUUUAACAUCUGGAAAAAAUAAAUCAAGCUGCAAGCCAUUUGGGCUUCCUCUUGUAGCAUGUGGUGAAAUUGCAAAAGGACAUGAUAUUCGUGAUUUAUAUUUCAAUGUUCUUAAACCUUUGACAAUUAAGGCUAAGAGUUCCAGUGAGGAUGAUAACAACACUGGGACUGUGCCAAUCGAAGAUGAAGAAAGGAACAAUGUCGCAAGUCCUGAAGACACCUCAGAGGCUUCAGAUACUGUUAAUGGAAACUCACGUACUGAUUGCGAAGUACAGUUCUAUUUGACUGAUGAUAAUGGAAAUGUCAAAGGUUCUGAGAUUGUUAUGGAUGAGUUGUUAAACUCCACAGAGUUGGGUGGCCGUUUGAACAUUCUUGUGUGUUGGUCUGAUAAAAUGCUUGAACUAUAUGACCAAAGCCUUCUUACCUCACCAGCUGAAGUUUACAAGCCUGCUUUGUUUAGCAAACGGCCUCAAGAGUCCAUUUCUCUGUAUAAAUGCCUGGAAGCAUUCCUUAAGGAAGAGCCACUUGGACCAGAAGACAUGUGGUACUGCCCUGGCUGCAAAAAGCACCGCCAAGCCAGUAAGAAGCUAGACCUAUGGAGACUCCCUGAGAUCCUAGUAAUUCAUUUGAAGAGGUUCUCAUACAGCAGAUUUUUGAAGAAUAAGUUGGAAACGUUUGUCGACUUCCCUAUCCAUGAUCUUGAUUUGACGACAUUUGUUGCAUACAAUAAUGGACGAUCAAGUCACCGUUAUAUGCUUUAUGCCAUAAGUAAUCACUACGGAAGCAUGGGAGGUGGCCAUUAUACUGCAUUCAUCCGUCAUGAUGGUGAUAGAUGGUACGAUUUUGACGAUAGCCAUGUUUCUCCUAUUGACGAGGAUCGGAUCAAGACUUCUGCUGCUUAUGUACUUUUUUACAGAAGAUUAGAAGACAUCUGACAUUGUUUUUGGAGAAUGACCGCUAACCCAACACCUGGAUCGACUUUCGGCAUUCUUUUUUCCAAGCCUAGCAGAGUCUUCAACUCAUCAGAUAAAGGUAGCUUUAUUUAUAUAAAAAAAACUUCUAUGGAAUCAUUUAGAAUUCAGAAAGAAGUUAGCAUACAGAGGAAGCCUACAAAAAAUACAAAUCUAAACAGUUUGAUCUGAAUUCUAACACCCAACAUAGCAUACUCGGUUUAGUUUUACAGUUGAAGAGGUAAAAAUCAUUUUUUAAGAAUAUAUCUUUAUAUGUUCAUUAUAAUCUUUGUAACCUUCUGUAAAUUACAUAAAAA